AAGCAGCAAAAUUGUAAUUCAGUUUUUCCUCGAUUUUGAAAGCAAUUGGUGAUGAAAAGUUUUUAUACAGGAUUUUCUAACAACUUCUAAUUGGAAUUCCACUUGCCAAUAAUCCCUAAACAAAAAGUUAAAUAUAUAAUACCAAUAUACAGUGGGCAGCUGUGAAAUUAAUAUUGAUAGUAAUUUAACUAGAAUACAUAAAGAAAUCUAAAAAAACAUAUAUUUAAUACAUACAAAUUAAAAGUAAAAAGUGUGAAUAUGAAAAUGGAAAAAUCUAUAACACCAAGUGGAAAUGAAAAUGAAGUGAAUGAAAUUGUACACAAGUGGUGUGGCGCAGCGUACGUUGGAUAAGUGGGUCUAUGUAGUUUUGUCGGUGCGAGGCAUGAGAUGCAGAGAAGAGUGGAGUAUUUGUUCAGUGUAAUAAAGGUGAAAACAAAAAAUGUAUUGAGACUCCCAAGGUGUUAAAGCGAGUAUUUUAAAAAUAGGAUCAAGAAGAAGUGACAAAAAAGUAAAAAAAAAAAAUAUAUAUUUGUAAAAUAAAAGAAAUUUGAUUCCUAUUGUUUUGCUUGGGUGCUUCUCUUGUCUUUUGUCACUUGAGGAAGUAAAAUUCAAAUGCUAAGAUAAAAAACGAAACAAACAAUGGAAUAGUAAAAGAUACAGCAAAGGCAAGAGUUGUGGAAAUGGAGCGAUUAUGCCAGCAAUGACAUCCAUAUAAAUAAACUACGAGCCGUGUAGCCAAACAUAAAAAUAGUUAUAAGAAGAUUCAUAUACGCAUAUGUAUAUAUCGUACAAAUAAUACAAUAUAUUACGGUAGCUACGGUUAAAGCAGGGGGUGCAGAAACGUCGAACGACCACAAGUCCAUAAGUGAAAAUUGCACGUUAACCGGUUAACCUGACGUACAAAUAAGCAGAGCAUUUUCGACUAUCAUGCACAUUUAUCCAUAGAGUAGGAUUGAAUGUGUGCUAUCUUUUAAGAUUGCUACUCGGACAGAGGUGGUGGUGGAGGUGAAAACGACGAAGACAACAAUUUUAUAAUUGGGAGACGAGCUGUGAACACGUUCCAGAAGCAAGUAACGACCAAAUCACCUCCAAGCAUGUAUUCUCUCCAAAUUCUUCUAACAGCAUGAAGCAGCUAAAAGCUAUCGAUGAUGUAAUGACAUAAUUAAUAGCAACUCUUGCUAAAAACAAAACAAAAACUAGCAGAAAUCAACAAAGUCGACGACCGGCCAAGCGAUAGAAGAAUAACAGCAAAAAUUAAUACAAAUACUCGUGCAUACAUACAAACGUCGGCGAGUAGAAAGGUAUAAACUCGAAGAGAUUUGCGGAUAAAAUGUCAAUGCUGCCAUUAACCGGCAGUGCCUCCGGUACACAUUUACGUCCACUAUCAUUGACCGGCCCAGAGCGUGAACCUGUACAUUUUACAGUUAAUUUAGUUGGUGCACCGCCCGAAGUCGAACAGCUGGUCGAGCAAAUCAAACACGUAGCCGAACAGUUUCUCUAUCACUGGAAAACCUUUCCAAUCGUACUCCCUCAACCGUUAUCUGCAACAACACUUGCGCUAACCGUCAACAAUGCAACGAACAGCGUCAGUAACCGCAACAAAACGCGACCGAUUAAUUUGCGCGACCUAUUUAUAGCACCGCCCUUUGAUGAGUUGGAUGCCGUUGCAUCGGAUGGCAGCGGUGAAGCGCGACGCCUCACCAAUUCGCAGCUGAAGUCGUUGCGCGAGACUGGCUUGCAAAAGGAUAAAUACGGCAAACCGAAGAAAUUAACUUUGGAACAAUUGGAAACAAUACGUAAAAAUGGUGAAUUCGACGUGCCCAGUCUACAUUUCCCCGGUCAGGUGCACAAGUGGCGACUAUCUCAGUUGCUGCAGAAGGGCACACUGCGUGCGCACGACUCUUUCCUUAGCGAUUUGGCUUUGGCAGCGCGUUUUAUUGUUGUAACCGCGCGUGCGCGCAUUUUCGGUCACUUCUUUUCUGUGGUUCAUGCUGCGCAAGCGCUACUGGACGGCAUCAUUAAGUUGGUCGAUAUGUUCAUAGGCGUACCGGCAUUGCUCGCCCACAACCUGGAUUAUAAAAUAAAAGAGGAGCGCUGUCGUUUUCUAAUUGCCGAACUGGUGUGCCGUCCCGAGUUUGAGGACUGCCUGGAUGGCCUGUGUUCGUAUGUGCGCAAAAUGUUGCGUCGCGCAACAAUGGAAAAGUUCGAUUUCAAUAGCUGUGAGGUGACACAACCCGUGCCAUAUCUUUUUCUCACGCCGAAGGGACAAGAGAUCGAUUUGCGUCUGUUCUGUCGAGAUGUCAUGCGGAAAGCGUUGCCCAUACUUAUCGGCAUAUUGGAGCGCGAGACACGCGGUUGGUUUCUGCACUUUCGCGAGCGUCUAAUUGCCGAGUUACGCGCUAAAAAGCUCAGCGACAAGGAAAUCGAGGAGGAAGUAAAUGAGGCUGUUAUGAAAGAAUACCUACAACGUGUGUACUCCUCCAUACUAUCGAAUCCCAAAUUAGCCGAGUUGGGCAAUGGCAUUCCCGAACUACUGGUUCAACAAGCCCAAUCGGUUGUGUUUAUGUACAAGGCGGUGGACAAAGUGCAAAAGGAUAUUAAACGCACACGCGAAGAUCAUCAAAAAUGUCUUGCCAAUGAUCAUUCGGUGUUGUCGCGUGUAGCGCCUUGGCUGCGCUCGAAAUUGCGUACCGCCGAGGAGAGCAAACUGAGCAAGUCGGCCUGGUCGGCGCAUGAGGAGGCGCUGAAAAUGUGCACCAAACACAAUUUACAUCAAACUGCCUAUUUCUUAAGUCGCGAUCUGGCAUUCAUGAAGGAGCGUGAACCGGUUUUACUAAAGGAGCUGAAGAAUGCAAAAACGCCGACGCGCAGCUUUCAAUGGGCUUGUCGCAUUUGGUCACCUAGCGCUUGGAUAAUACGACGCAAUUUCCAGGGUCAAUCGGAUGUGAUACCAACGGUGAUCAGCCAACAGGCCACCUCGAUUGUAACGCCGCGCUCUGAUCCCAGCCAACCAGUUUUCUUGGUGGAGAAGGAGAUUAUACGCACAACCAGUACACGCUGGCCUCUGUGGCGUUUGUUGAAUUUGCUGCAACGCACUUGGUGUUGGACUUGGAAUAUGAUGUUCUUGCUUGGCAUACUGGUCCCUUGGUGUAGUCCGCUGGGCCUACGCGCACUAUUCUGCGUGAAGCCGUUCAUGCCGGACCUGGAGCUGUCACAAAUCAAUGGCACUCUCUUUCCGCGCAAGACCAGCAUCACGCAGACGAUGGCCUCACGUUUGAUCGAACUCUGGCGACACAUAUCAAAAUCUCGUACACACUUCGAAACCGAACCGGAUACAGGCUUCAUAGGCAAAGGAUUGACGCGAAAUUUGAAUCGCGUUUGGAAUUACUUCAUUAAAGGCUUUCUCGGCACGAUCGUCAUACUCUUUGCCUUUCCAUUCAUCUGUUUGAUUACCAGUUUUCUCAGUAUUGCAUUGGCGAUAACUGCGCCAUUUUGGAUUCCUAUUUUUACUGUGCUUUUGCAUCUCUAUAUGAUUCUCAUUUACGAUUUAGAUUGUCCGGAUAAUACGCGAAAUCGUUAUUGUAUACUCUUGGAGGCUGUUUUUGGGAAUAUUUUAAUACAAGGUCUUAUACAACCGGUAGCGGCCGUUUUGGUCGCCACAUUCUGUUGUCCCUUGGCAUCAAGCAUUAUUUUAGUUGUUGGAAUUGUCCGGUAUUCCCUGCGGUUACUCUGGGAUUCUUUAACUUUCCACUUGUUCAUUAAAAAAUGUGGACGGAUUCCCGCAUCCGAUAGUAUUGCUGUGAGACGUAUAGCUGGCCCCGGUCUGGCGCUCGAUUACUAUUUUAUAAUAAAACCUGAGCAGGCAUUGGCAGCAUUUGAGGCCAAAAUGGAAUUGGAUGAACUUCAGGCAUAUCAACACGCUACGGAGCGCAUCAUACUGCAGCCGCAAAAAGAUUUCAGUCAAUUCGUCGAAGCUUGUUUUGGUCCAUUCUCAGCACAGCUGGCAAAGAACGGACCCUACAUGACACUGGAUCGUGAGGCGCAUGAUUUGAUGAGCACACUGCAUGAGAAACUGGAAAAACGGCGACGAGAACUGCAAACCUCGCUGACGACACAGGUGAAGACACGCAUCAAAUUGAAUACGAAAGAGUUAAAGAUCGCUAUACAAUUGGCCGCCCAUAUUUUAGAAAAAUGUUAUCCGUCACAUGUUAUCGCAAGGCUUUCCAUUAGCGAGGAUGACUUUUGGGAUAAUAAGGGUCUCAGCGUCAACGAUUGGCCUGGCCUUGCCGGUCUUAUAUAUACUGAAAUAUUUAGCUUAGAUUUUCUAACGCCAUUGACUGAAAACGAUACACAUUUUAAACUAGAACCACAUCCCUCGCUCGACUUGACACGUUACACAGAAAUGGUACAAAACGCUACCGAUGUGAUAGGUUCCAAAGGUCUGGAUUUACUGGGUAACGUGUAUGCGCCGCGCGGCAAUGUGCAAGUGCAUUUGCCAUUCCUUGAAGUGACGGCGUUCAAUCCACGUUCAAGAAUUACGUUGACUUUUAGGAAGCCGGAGAAGAGAGACAUGUCCGUCGGCCUGACAACUCCACGUGUCCGAGCACAUCGUUCGCAGCACACAAAAGUUUCGGAGCCGUUAAAGCCUUGGCGUCCGUGGAAAAAGAAAUCUGAUGAGAAGAGUGUCACGGAAAAAUUGCUUAUACCGUUACCUGUGCCUCAUCCAGUACAUAUUGCCAUUGCCAUACACAAUCGUGACACCGAAAAUCCCAUACCACUCGACUCGGAACUCGUUUGGGAAAUUCUCAAAUCGAUUGAGGAUUGUCAAGGCGGUGACGUAAUGGCUGUGCAAUCAGUUGCGCGUUAUCGUGGCGCUGUAACGGAAUCUAGUAAUGACUCACUGGCCACUAGUAGUAGUAUUGGCAGCACACGUGAUUCUGGCUCAGGCUCAGGCAUCGUAGGCAACGGCACCGAAACUUUGCCCUGCGUCAACCGUGAGGUUUGCACGCAAGUCAAAGUCUCCGAAGAGCCAGUGCAAUCAUCCAGCUUCCACUGGACUCUUAGUAAUUGGGGUGCAGCGCAAACAGCGCGUCGACGCACCAACUCCAAUGUGCGCGUAGACUUGGCUAGCCCCGAAGAUAUUUCACUGGACACAGACAGCUCGCGCGCCGUCUUCAAUCCAUAUGGUACAACGGUUUAAUGUGGCCGAUAAAUAGUAGUAGUAGACGCCUGAGUUGAAGCAGCUAAAAAAAGAAGUAAUAACGGUUUUAAUUUACAUACAAAUUGGAAAGUGCAACAUAUGAAUGUACAAUAUUAUUAGUUUGAAAAUGUUAAACAAAACAGCGGAACAGUUGAUGUUGCAAAAGCAGCGCAGAGUUGGUCCAACAACGAUUGCUCGAAGAAAAUUAAAAACAAAAACGUAUUUAUGAACGUAUGCAUAAUUCUAAAGCAUUCACACAUACUUACAUACAUACAUAUAUACGCAUUUGUGCGCAUACAUUUCAUGUGCAUGCUGUCAUACAUAUAUACUUAAUAUAGAUUAUAACAUGCAUAUAUGUAGUGACAUGAAGCAGAAUUCAUAGUAGUUAUAUAUACAUACAUACAUACAUAAUUAUACAGUCAUAUAUAUUUGUAUAACUGACAUAUACGAGUACAUACAUACAUUCAUUAUAGAAUUAAAAAUAUGCAUAUAUACAUAUACACAUACCCAUUUAGCAGAAAUAUAUGGCUGUAUGUACAUUUAAGGCAUCUAGUCGUGCGAACAAAACGAAAAUAUUAAGGAAAAAACACUACAAAUUCGUUGGCUUAUAGUCACUUUUUAUUUCUAUUCUUUUAGGUUAUUUGGGAAUUUUCUAUAUAUUAGUGUGAAUAUGAUUUAUUAAUUUAUAUAUCAUAUAUAUAUAUUUAUUUCUUACUCUAAUGGAAUUUUUUUGCUUUAAAACGAUAUUUGUACCAGCUAUAGUUAUUUAGUAUUUUUACUCGAAUUAAACUCGAAUAUCACACAGAAAUUAUUUUUUAUAUUUUUUUACUUGUUUAUGAAGAUUUUCUUUAUUUGUUUACAAAACGUUUAAAAAAUUAUCUACCAUUUUCAAAGUCGUGUUAACAGUUAUUAUGCAAUGACGUUAGAACUUUAAUUAUUGAUAAUUACUUAGUACAUAAAUACUAUUUACACUUUAUCAUCAAUUUUUUUUAACAAACGCAAUUGCCUUAUUUUAUAAAUCGUUUAUUGAAUUGCUGCAAAACAAGUUUUAUAUAGAGAGUAAAUUGUGAUCGAUUUCGGAUUUUCAUUUAAUUCGUAACAGAAAAGCUUGUCCUUUAUUCAGUUUUCGCCUUCAAAUCAUUUUCGCAAGCGCAUACUUACGAUCUUUAGAUCUUCUCUAUGCAAAAGCUUCCAUAGAGGGUUAUAUCAAACAAACCAUACAAAUUGUAUUAAUUUUUUCGAUAAAAUGUAAUAAAAUACAAAGAUAUGUAUAUGUGUAUAACAGUAAUAGUAAAAUAAACUUGAAAAUGAUUCUAUUAUCUAGCCGUAGUCGAAACGCCCUUAUAAGAACGCAACCAAAAAAUUGAAUGAGAUUUAAAUUUUAAGUAGUAAUACAACUAACAAAUUAAUGUUAAUUCUAUUAUAUAAAUAAUUUAU